AAAGAAUAUUAAAUCCGUGUAAACUGAACAAAAAUUUAAUUAGAUCCACUUUUUAACAUAGCAGAGCUGUCUUGGAAAAACAUUUUAAAAAAGUUGGUCUUUCCAGAUAAAUAAAGGUUUUAGCAGAAUGUUUGAUAAUAAAGGCGAUAAACUUCUGCUUGAAAUGGAGGAGGAUGAUGCUGAUCCCGAGAAUCAGCAUCCCCGCUGUGAGCACGGACCCACGGUUUUGUUUUAUCGGCAAUCCCAGCUUCCCGGCGAGGGAUAUUACGCCUGUUCAGCGCACAGGGACUCAAAACUAUGUAGUUUUCACCUGUCAGCAGAUCAAUGGAGAGGUCAAACAACAAGAGAUCCAUUUCUAGCCAAAAACUAUCCCCUAUCAGCCCGAAAAUUACCAAAUUCAGCUCUUCCUGAUCCUACAUUAAGCCUAACAGCACUUUCCCAGGAUAAAGUUAAUGCUCAAUAUUUCUUUGAUGAAGCUGCUCUUAUCUUCUUAACAAAUCAGUGCACAAAUAUAGGAGCUAGUAAGGUUAUCUGCAUGGGUGCACCACGUUUACAUUUCCACCUGCGCCACCAAAUGCAAAGUUUUCUAUUGGAUCUGGAUGAAAGAUUUGCAGAGUAUCUGGGACCUGAAGAGUUUUGUCUCUACAACAUGUGCAAUAAUCACUUCUUUUACAAUCGCAGGCCCUUUGAACAGUUCCUGGCUGGUACCAGUCCGGGACAACUUGUGAUAAUAACGGAUCCGCCCUUCGGCUGUCGCACAGAAUUGAUUUCACACACCCUACGCAGCCUUAGGAAACUCCACAACAGAAUAAACCAGUUGGUGUCAACUCCACUCUCUAUAUUCUGGAUAUAUCCGUACUAUUCUGCUAAUCACAUAAGACAGGAAAUGCCUGAGAUGGAAAUGUGCGAUUACCGAAUAAACUAUACCAAUCACCAGAGGUAUACGAAUAUGGGCAAGCAAAGCCGGUUUUGUGGAUCACCUGUGCGAAUGUUUACCAAUGUGCCCCUCAGAUUGCUUCAACUGCCCCUGGAAGAGGGCUAUAAGUACUGCCAAAUCUGCGAUUGCCACACGGCAAAGGAUAACCUUCACUGCAAUCGAUGUGGGAAAUGUCCAUCGGUAAAUGGUCAAUCGUAUCGGCAUUGUGAGUCAUGCGAUAUCUGUGUCAAACCUAAUUAUGUUCACUGCGUUAGCUGCAGGAGAUGCACUCAAAGAGAGGGGCACAACUGCUCCUUCUACCAGACCAAACAACACUGCUGGUUGUGCGGCAAAAAAGGCCACAUUGAAGCCAAGUGCUAUAACGUACAAAAACGGAAUAUGAAGUUCACAAAAGGCUGUCUUCUGUGCGGUAAACAGAAUCACAGGGAAAGAAGAUGCACUAAGCGCAAAAAGUACUUCAGGGAACUUCACUUUAUGGAAGAAACCACUAUAACAUGUCUUUAAGCACUCUCUUCGUGUUCAGUCCCACCUACACGAAAUGUAUUUGUAGUUAACACUUGUUGAAUGGAUUCAGUUUAUGCACUUUGAGCUGUAUUUACAUAGCUUAUUAAUAAAAAUUAUUUGUACGAAGUA